AUGCUCCCAGGCUGCAACAGUGCUUACAAUAGCCUUGUGAGGUCUUCAAUCCUGGAACGCUGUAUAUUAAAGUUGUCGACUGUCAGCGUUGGAGUGGGAACAGAGGAUUUGGAUAGCAGGGGGUCCCAUGACGGCAGGAUGUCCCAGAAACCCUUUGCUCUGUCGAAAUGUGAGGGCGAUGAGGCGGUUCUGAACCGGAGGCAGAAACAGAUUGAAUAUGGCAAAAACACCAUUGGCUACCAGAAGUAUAUACAAGAGGUCCCAAAGAAGAUGAGAAUCCCAAAUGUACACCCACGGACCCCAAACAAAUACAAGAAGUACAGCCGCCGCUCAUGGGACAUGCAGAUUCGACUCUGGAGAAGAACCCUGCAUACCUGGGACCCCCCUGGAGAGAACCUGGACACUGUAGACCAGCUCCAACUCCAUCUUGAAGAAAAUAUAAGUGAGAGGUGGGCCUCUUCACCCCCUCUCCUGAGAGACGUUCUAGCAGGCCCCUCCUACUCUUUUGACAGCAGACUCCCUCCGGAUGAGAACAUCAUGGGUUGGAUUCGAUUUCUCAUGGAAAUGAACCACGACAGUAAUUUGUUAGAGGGUCGCCAACCACAGCUUCCAUUCAACAGGGACUGA